AUGUCGCUUACCAGCAUAAUGGCUCACCGUGGAAUAGAUCUGGUCGGAUUGGACGCCGGCACUCUGCGGGAUAUUUUUAUCGAGAUGUUUUGCAGUCCAAGAACAGCUGUGGAUAAUCCGCUCCUGAACAAUACCGGUCAUGGUGGCCGAAGGAGUUUCAUUGUGAUGGAUGAAGGAGAACUUGAUGGCUCCUUCGGUUUUUGGGCCGAAGAUGAAGACGAUGGAGCAGAAGGCUUUCUGGAUGCUCAUGAAGCCGAAGAUCAAGAAAAGGCAAAGGAAAAGGACGCGGAGGAAAGAGCCGCGGCCGAGGCCGUGGCGGUCGACUUUGGUUUCGAUGUUUAUGUUCCUGACUUAGAUAGUGAUGACUCAGAGUAUGGUGAAGGAAGUGGUGCCAAUUCUGCCUUCUUGCAGUGGACAAUCUGGGGUUUCUUCCAAGAGAAGAACCUGACAGUGAUGACUUUUCUCCUUGGCCUCCUCUUCCACAUGAGCAAGCUGGCCUUCCGUAAGGGCAAGGAUGCGACCUAUCUUACUCCCCCUUGGUAUGGACAUGACCUCGGUCAGUCGGAUCAGCCAGCAGAGGAAGAACUUGCGCCAGAUGAUAAUGUGCUGACUCUUCCGCAGCAGUCGCUUGAACUUCCAAAUGAUGUUGUGCGCUCUCAUAGGUAUAUGAUAGGCAAGGGUAAAGGAGGUCCCAUCGUUAAAGGAAAGCCCGCCUAUACUUUGGAAUUUCGCAACGAUAAAGGAAGAGGGAAGCAGGUGCACCCGCCUGGUACCCUUUCUGAUGAUGACGAUGCUCCUGAUGGAUGGCAUGAAUGGCGCAUGCAGCAAGAGGCCACACAUGCUGCAGAAGAUGAUGGAGCAGGUAUAGGUGACUUUGACGAUGAUGAGGUGAGGCAUUGGAGAGAACCUGAUCCAGACGAGAUGUUCUUACCACGAUCUCGUGUUCCAGGUGAUACACCGCCUUCAGGUCUAGAGGACUUUGAGCCUCACUCACGUGACUCCUUUUCAGAUGAUGAUGGUGAUGACCGUCCCGUGAUGAUGAAGAUGAGCCUGAAGAGCCUGGUGAAGCCAUGA